UUGUAUGCAAAUAUUGGACAAGUUGUUUGGACAAGAGUAGGAGAAAGGGGGUGAGAGUGAAAGGUUUAGGAGGGGGCCAGUUUGAUGAUGGGACAGGCUCUGUUGUCAGUUGCCACCCAAGACGUGAUUCAGCUCCAACAAUUACCAUUAUCUGUUUCUCAGUUGGACGAUACGGGACGAAUCUGUAAUGAUGACGAGUGUUUCCUUGGCUCUUUGUUGAGUUUUUCUUUUCUCUUUUUUUUCCAGAGUCCACACCCAGCCAUCAUUGGUGACAGCACUCCAGCCAUUCAGGUACUGGGUGGAGGGGGAGGCUUUAUAAACGGGCAGCGCAUGGAGAGCGCUAUUUGGGUAACACUGGGCUCGGCGCACGGACCGUUGUUUGGACAUCGCAGCAAAGUGUUAUAGGUUUACUUUGAGGGCUCGGUUCCGUUUAAUGCAAAAACAGGAUUGCACCGAGAAUACGCGAUGACUGCACCAAGCAGGUUCAGUUUUUCCGUCAGGAGCAUCCUGGACUUGCCUGAGCAGGAUGCGGAGGCUGCGCCGCGGUCCUCCUCGGUUUACUCCUCCUGUUCCUCCAACUCGCCGUACACCUCCUGGAUCGAGUGCGAUCGGAGCCCCUGCGUGUCUUCUGAUGAGGGAAGUUUCGAACCGUCCCCCGACUCAACCAAGCCGGAUGACUCGUCCCUUGACAUGGAGCCGGAGAAGAUAAAAAAGGGCAAGAAGCGCCGCGUCCUGUUCUCCAAAGCCCAGACCCUGGAGCUGGAGAGACGCUUUCGCCAGCAGCGCUACCUGUCCGGACCGGAGAGGGAGCAGUUGGCUCGGCUUCUCAGCCUCACUCCGACCCAAGUGAAGAUCUGGUUUCAGAACCACCGCUAUAAGAUGAAGAGAGGCCGGGCCGAAGGCGCGUUUCCGUCGGACGCGGACAUACCGCAUCCUCCGCUGCUGCGCAGAGUGGUUGUUCCGAUUCUGGUCCGGGACGGGAAGCCCUUCCACACCUGCUUCAUUGAGGCGGAUAAAGUCAGCUGCUUAACCUCUCCUGCUCCUCCUCAUCCUCAGGCGGUGCCUUUUCCUUUAGCCUUCCCACCUCUCCAGCAUGCCUCCUCCGGUUCUCUUCCUCCCCGGUACCAGCAGCACUUUCCAGCCGCUACGGCCUCCAGAUUCGCCUGGAGGGACUUUUGGAGCGACUCGGUCCCCUUUAACCCUCUAAAAUAAGAUUCCUCGUGUAGAUGCACAAACUCAUUUAGAAUGACAUCAAAUGUUUUCUAAAUGUUUUACAAAUUUCUGAGCAACUUAAACAUUUAGAUUUCUACUUUAGAACGAAGACUAUUUUGCACAUUUUAUUUGGAUUUGUUUGGUGUUGUGAUUAUUUUUGUACAGCUUUGUCUUGUUGCAGCAUGUAGGACGUCUUUAAAGUGAUAAUGCAUUUAUAUGUUUUUUACUUUCCUGUUUUAUUUUUUUAUCUUUUUAAUUAUUUGUAUAAAUACUUUACGCAUUCCAGUAGAUAAGGGAUGGUGUAUAGGAAGAAAUCAGCCUUUAGCCUCUAUCUGCAAAAUAAAAUGUAUUAUUUUGUUAUUUCUUGUCUUCCAGGAGACUUUCUUUAAAGUUUAAACUGUGUCAUU